AUGUGCGUGACACACAUCUAUACCGAUUGCUACCCUAAGCGAAUAGUCGAGUUUCAUCAGACAAUAGUCUGUCCUAAUGCAAAAGAUGGAAUCUCUUGUCCUGCGGACAUCAUCAACAAACAUCCUCCUCGUACUCUCGAAUCCAAUGAUGACCUUUCUAGCAAAGGAUACCUCGACCAAGGACUCAAAGUACCUUCCACCCCCAAGCCUUCACCUCACAAAUCUACAACAACAAGUACAUAUCGUUACUCUCCAGGUGACAAGAAAGAAAAAUCUCCAGGUCGAGAACCUCAACUGCGUCUUGUGAGAAGAAAGAGUGCUUUGGUCUCAGCUCUCACACGUCGCAAACAUCCUAAAGAACGCAUCGUUAUUGUCGAUGCACCAGAUAGUCCAGAAGGUUCCAAGACUCUUUCCAAAUAUGCUCCUGAUUCACCCGCCACGGAAGAAUUUUACUCAAAGAAUCUGUCAGUCGAUGAUCGUCCAACUCCAAGACGUAGUCCUAAUGGCAGUCUCAAUCCUGUUCGUACGGUCAUUGUAGAACAUCAUCGAGAUCAGAGGGAUUAUAGCAAGGAAAGAGAGAGACCUUUGACAGAAUUUCCAAUCAUUUUAGCUCCUGAACCUCCCUCGCGUUCACCUAGUCGUGAGAAGGCAUUGGUAGAUAUGCGUAUUCGUCGUGAGGAAGAAGAGAGAGAAAUAGAGAGACAAAGAGAAUUUGAGAGAGAGCGACUGAAGAGUUUUGAGUUAGUUCAUGAAGCAAGGAGGGAAAAAGAGAGGGAAAAAGAAGAAUUUGAGAGGGAGAGAAUAAGAAUGGAGAAGAAGGAGAAGAUGGAGGGUGAGAGGAGAAGGGAGGUCGAGUAUCAGGAAUUUUUGAGGAUUCGAGAACUAGAGCGAGAAAGAGAAAAAGAAAGAGAAAGAAACAACGAUAUUGAACGACAGAGAGUUAGAGAUAGGGAAGAAGAACUUCUUCGAGAAAGAGAAAGAGCUCGAUCUUCCGAUCGCAAAAGGGAGGAGGAGUCAGCGAGAGAUAGGGAAAGAAGGAGAAGAGAAGAUGAGCUUCGUAGAGCAGAUGAGCAUGAGCAAAAGAGAAGAGAAGAUCAACAUAGGCGCGAGAGAGAAAGAGAGAAGGCAUUGGAUGAUAAGGAGAGGGAAGAAAGAAUGAGGAAGGCCGCAAAUUCGGAAAGAAAAGCAGCGGAUGAUGCUAGGAGGUUGGCGGAACAGGUUAAGGCAUUUGCGAAGGAAGAUGAAGAAAUCAGGAGAAGACCCUCUGUGCCUGGUAGGGGAAAGGAGGUGGAGAGGGGAAUCGAUAGGAGAGAUGAUGAAGUGAGAUGGAAAAAGGAGGAUGAUGAUAUGUAUGCUAGGUUGAGGGAGAGGCAGGCAAGGGAUGAUGGACAUGCAUCGGGGUUAGGGAGGGGAGCAAGUUUUUUGGCGAGGGACGAGGGUGAUAGAGAGGUUUUGGAUAGGUUGAAGGAAAGACAGAAGGGACCUGAGGAGGGGUAUAUGCCGAAGAGAAGGACUACUAUUGGUGGUGGAAGUGGGAGGAGGAGAGGAGAUGAAAGAAUCAUUUGGGAUGAUGGAGAAGGAGGGAGGGGAGGGAGAUGGUGA